GGCGGGCGUACUUCCCAACGCUUCACGGUCUCCAUCCUCCACAGCGACCUCAUCCUUGACACCGACACGCCACCGAACCAAAUACUACGGAGUAUAUUCCUUCUUCUCUCUCUCUCUCUCUCUAAACUCGAUCGACGAGAAUCACCGCAACAACAAUGGCGAUCGAACUCCACAAACCCCCAAUCUAGUCUCCUGUAAUCCCACUAUACUCAUCAACCAAUGGAGUCCGAACUCAAAGACCUGAAUCCCAAAUCCCACCAACCCGACCCGAUCGACGAUGGCUCCUCCGCCAAGGACGACCGCCCCCUCCUCAAGCCCGACGCAGCCGCCGCCGUCAUCCCCCCGCCGCCCGUCUCCGCCGCGACCAUCGAGGAGCUGGAGAAGAAGUUCGCCGCGUACGUCCGCAGCGACGUGUACGGCACCAUGGGCUGCGGGGAGCUGCCGUGGACGGAGAAGUUGCUGCUCGGAAUCGCGUUUUUCACUUUGCUGCCGGUUCGGGUGGCGGUGGUGAUGACGAUAAUGGUGGUGUAUUACUUGGUGUGUAGGGUUUGCACGAUGUGUCUGGCGCCGAACAGGGAGGACGGCGCCGGGCAGGAGGAUUAUGCGCACAUGAGGGGGUGGAGGAGGGCCGUGAUUGUUCGGGCGGGGAAGUUUUUUUCCAGGGCGAUUCUUUUCGUUCUAGGGUUUUAUUGGAUAAAUGAAACGCAUCAGUUCAAUGAUCAGGCUGAGUGCAAAGAUAUAUCUGAAGAACCUGAAAGGCCUGGAGUUAUCGUAUCUAAUCAUGUCUCGUAUUUGGAUAUAUUAUACCAUAUGUCUUCCUCCUUUCCAAGCUUUGUUGCUAAGAGAUCAGUGGCUAGACUUCCUAUAGUUGGUCUCAUCAGCAAGUGCCUCGGUUGUGUUUAUGUCCAGCGUGAGUCGAAGUCAUCCGAUUUCAAGGGCGUUUCUGGCAUUGUGAACGAAAGAAUUAGAGAAGCUCAUCAGGAUAAGUCCGCUCCAAUGAUGAUGCUUUUCCCAGAGGGCACAACAACGAAUGGCGACUUCAUCCUUCCCUUUAAGACUGGUGCAUUUCUUGCUAAAGCUCCAGUGCUUCCAGUGAUUUUAAGAUAUCCAUACCAGAGAUUUAGUCCUGCCUGGGACACCAUAUCUGGGGUGCGCCAUGUAAUUCUUCUUUUCUGUCAAUUUGUAAACUAUCUCGAGGUUACGUGGUUACCUAUCUACUACCCUUCGCAGCAAGAAAAGGACGAUCCAAAACUUUAUGCUGACAAUGUUCGAAGGUUGAUGGCUAGUGAGGGUAAUCUUACAAUGUCAGAUAUUGGUUUGGCAGAGAAACGAAUAUACCAUGCGGCUCUCAACGGUUUCUUUUGCCAACAGUAAUUCAGAUUCGGCAUAUGUAUAGUCUGUCUAAUUUUAUUAUUUCCGAACAGAAAUGUUGAAUUGUUCUAUAUAGAAAUUUCUCUUGAUCGCGCACUACUCUUGUUAUAUCAUGUUGUCUAGACUUUUGAUUGCUUCGGAGGUUGGUCUCGACUUUUGAUUACCUUCAGAGGCUGGUCGCAUUUUCUCAAAGCUGGACUGUUUCUGCAUUUGAUUUUGGGGUGACGGAGAUCCAGAAAGUACUAUUCGGGAGGAAGUGACUCGGGUAACUGCACGAGCUGCUCCAGCAGUUCAACAAUAGAUGUGUUGUAGGAUGCAUACUUAAGGGUUAUCUCAUGACUUCGUUCCUCGACGAGAUAUACAUUUGUUUGCAUAUGCUCUCAGUUGAAUUUCUCUGAGGCUGUGUUUUUUCCAUUUUUGCAAAGUCAAAAGCUACUUACGGUGUAGAAAAGCGAGGGGAUUAUUGGUGAAAUUCAGUAUCACUUUUCCUUGUAAUCAAA